GAGCUUAUUCGAUCCGAGCUCGACUUCAGUCGAGUUCUUGCCGAAUUACCCAGCCACAAGCUCCAAUCCACCUAGGCUCGCUCUAUUUCGGCUUCGCUGACAUCGCCCGCCCGCCGGCGCGUUCUCGCUGAUGACCACCGCGCCGUUCGUCUCCCCAUCCCUCUCCCGCCUACACUCCGCACGCGCCUCUCCGGUCCCCAAAUCCCCCGCGAGGUCAAAGGCCGCGGUCGCCUUCCCCGCACGGCCGUACGGGCCAUCGCUUCGCCCCAGGUCGCUUGUCAUGGCUUCCGCUGGCGUGGGCGGGAACGGCUCUCCGGCGGCGUCUGAAGACUCCACAGUGUCUUGUAGGCUGGGAGAGGUUAAGAGGGUAACCAAGGAGACUAAUGUGCAUGUCAAGAUCAACCUGGAUGGCACUGGUGUUGCCGAUUGCAGCACAGGGAUACCGUUCUUGGAUCACAUGCUUGAUCAACUGGCAUCCCAUGGACUCUUUGACGUAUAUGUGAAGGCUACGGGUGACACACACAUUGAUGAUCAUCACUCGAAUGAGGAUAUUGCUUUGGCAAUCGGAACGGCGUUACUUCAAGCACUUGGAGAUCGAAAGGGAAUUAACCGGUUUGGGCACUUUACAGCGCCACUUGAUGAGGCAGCAGUUGAGGUUAUACUGGAUCUAUCUGGUCGACCACAUUUGAGCUGUGGCUUGAGUAUUCCUACUGCACGAGUUGGCACAUAUGACACACAGCUUGUUGAGCACUUUUUCCAGUCCCUUGUGAAUACAUCUGGGAUGACGCUUCACAUCCGUCAGCUUGCGGGGAAUAACUCGCACCAUAUUAUCGAGGCAACUUUCAAAGCAUUUGCUAGGGCCCUUCGACAAGCAACAGAAUACGACUUACGCCGACAUGGCACUAUUCCCAGCUCAAAAGGUGUUCUGUCAAGGUCGUAGUGUUCCAAGAUGUAAAAACUUUAUGCACACACUAUUCCCCAUUGAAGCUUGGAGCGAUAAAAAGAAACAGAUGGGUUGGUCUCCUGCUGGAUCAUCUCUGUUGCUACACUUGUGCCUGGAGUCCGUGUCAUUUUGCAAUAACACAGCGUGUAAAAUAGCUUGUCAUCAUGCUCCCAGGACUUAUUUAUCUUUUACUUCCAUUGGCAGAAUAAUGUAUCUGCUCGCUAGCCCAUUUUUGGCUCUUCUCUGGACUCUAUGUCUGAAGACCGAAGAUGAAAAGCUGCAAACGGCUUGACAUUCUGAAAGUUGCCUCCAAAAUGUGGAUUCGGAAA